GAUCUCUGAGUUAUACCAUGGAGCUAACCUCCUCUGAUUCACUGUCUUCUUCUUCGGAAGACCCACUGUGUCUAACAAUGAAUGCAGGGAAGCUGCAGCACCAUCUACAAGACAGUCAACCUGUUCAUAAUGAUUAAGGUGACUGUUCUCCUCUGUGUAGCUACAAGACGAUGAGGCCAAAGGUAAUGGAAUCAUCUGCUUGAAUCUGGCAACAGUGUCGUCAGAUAAACAACUGCUAUAGUAAGAUUUCUUUCCAGCUGCUGUAAGGUCAAUUAUGGUAAAUUCAAAAGUUAAUAAGAAAUUGUCAGAUAACAGAGGGCUUUGGGAAAGAACUAUGAAAUUAUCAGUUUCAACCCCAUAUGUCAGGAAAAGAUCAAGUGUAUGGUUAAAACGAUGAGUGGGUUCAGUUACAUGCUGAGUAAAACCAAUACUGUCUAUUAAUGAGUUAAAAGCCGUGCUGCGACAGUUACUGUCAACAUCUACAUGAAUGUCACUAUGACUUUAUCUGUGCUAAGAACUACGUUAGAUAAGAAUUCAGAGAAUUCAGUUAAGUCUCUGAAUAAAUAAAACUCUGAAUAUAGCGGAAGAGGACGAUAAACAAUACAGAACACAACUGACUUCUGAGAUUUAGAGUCUGGGUAAGAGAGGCUCUCAAAUGAGUUAUAACUAUAUUUGGGUUUAGGAGUAAUUAAUAAGCCCGAGUUUAUAAAUUGUUGCUACUCCUUCACCUUGACCUGCACUUCUAGGAACAUGAUGUUGAUGUGACUGAUUGGAGUCGACUCAUUUAAACUAACAGAUUCAUCCUGCUGUAGCCAGGUUUCAUUUAAAAAACAUAAAAAACAUUUAAACACAGAAACAUUUAAAAAAGAUAAAAAAGCUCAAGCAUGUAAAGUAUAGAUGAAGAGAAUUGGGAAUUGUUUAAACAGUGCUGAAUUUUUGCAGAAGAAUCUGAAGUAGUUGUAUUUCAAAUGGAGAAAACGUGACAAAGAUUUGCUGAACUGCUAAAAAAAUCAAGGAAGUGUGUAAAGGUUUGCUUAAUUUGUUGAAAUAUAGCCAAAUGUAUCAAAAUGGCUAAAUCUUGUAAUUAAAUAGUUUUGAUUUUAAGAGCUGAAUGAGUAGCGUUUUGGAAAUUGAAAACAGCUGAAAUUUUCUGCAGAACAAGUAGUUGAAUUUAAAUUUAAAAAAGUUGAAGCUGAACAGUAAAAUAGUUUCAUUAACUAGUACACUACUACAUAAUUAACUAGUCAAAUGCAGAAAAGUGAUAUUUAGGCUACAGAGUUAGAUUGGUACUUUUAUUUUGAAAGGAAUUUGAGGAGGCGUGUGUCCUAAAUUGCUAAACUGGAAAAAACGCUCAUUAAGUAGUCUUAAAUAACAAAAAAAGCAGUCAAAAGCAGAAAUCAAAAAAGUUUAGAGCUUAGAUAGUAGCACUAAAAGUUUAGUGCUUUUAUUUUGAAAUGAUUUAUAGGAAGCUUGUGUGGGUAACUGUUAAAUUGUAAAAUUGUCUCAUUAACUAGUCACAAUAAACCAGUAAUUACGUUACCUUACGUUAGUAAUAAGUCUUGUACCGGUUUACACAAAUGUUGCACAGCAAAUUUGUUGCACAUUGUGUAGAUAUAGAAUAGAUAUGUAACAGUGCACAGAGUUUGCACAGAUAUUGUGCAGAGCAGAUUACUAGGUAACCACUGAUGCAGGGGGUGAGUAAAUGUAGUGGGACGUGGUUAGCAGUUCUGGUUAUACAGUCUGAUAGCAGCUGGUAGGAAAGAUCUGCGGAAUCUCUCCUUCACACAGCGAGGGUGGAUCGGUCUAUCACUGAAGCUGCUCUCCAGAGCAUACAGCGAGUGUUAAGAUUUGGAUUUGGAUUGGUGCUUAUAUUUUGAAAGGUUAUGGAGAAAGUGUGUGUCUAAUUACUAAACUGUACAAUAGUCAUAUAAUGAAGUCAUAAUAAACCAGUUGAAAGAAAUAUUGCUAUAUAAAGCUGAAGAUCUGAAUUUAGGCUUUUAUUUUGAAAAGUGUGUGUGGUUAAUUUCUAAACAGAUGACCCUUUGAUAAUGUAGCUGAAAGUUGAUGAUACGUUAAAUAUAUAACUCAAUUGAUCUGAAGGAAAUCUGUCAGCGGCAUUCAAGGUGGCGGACCCACAUGCACAGCUCCAGACAGGAUUUAGAUAGAAUAGAACGGUCUUUAUUCUUACUCAGGCAAGGUCAGCUCAGGCAGGGUCAUACACGGUAAGGCUCGGUGACAGUACAGACUAGGUGCAGGCAGGCUCAGGUCAAAAACAAGCAGGGUUUGUUCACAGGCAGACUCGGCUACGGUACAGACUGGGUGCAAGACAGAUUCAGGUCGAAAACAAGCGAGAUUGUUACCAGGCAGACACGGCUACGGUUACAGACGAGGAUUCGGCAGAACUCAGGAAACGAUGGUCAGGAACAGGAUGGAGAUCGGAUGCAAGCAAGGUGAUGGAGGAGUGGUCAACAGAGAAGCAUUGAACUUUGGAGAGUACAGUUCAGCUUGUUUGUGCCAUCUCUGCAGAUGGAGGUGGAUGCAGAUGAUAAGCGCCAUCGAACACGCGCCAAAGUGCCUGUGGAUCCAGCAUUAACAGAACUCUUCAGUGUGUAUGGCUGUCCUCUGGCCAAGAAAAGAAAGAGUCUAGACAGACAAACAUCUCCCAAGAGGAGUACCUACCUUGAUGACAUGGACAACUCCACAAUGGAGGAGUGCUAUGACACAGAUGGAACUGAGGAGAUGGACAACAGGGAGGAGGAGGAGGAGGAGGAGGAAGAGGAGGAAGAGGAGGACGAAGGACCUGUAGAGGAGGAAGAGGUAGAGGUUGAGGAGGAGGAGGAUGUGGAAGACUACAUGGAAUACAAUGUAGAGCAUGAAGAUGAGGAGGUAGAGAGAGGGGAAGAAGGUGAAGAGGAUGAAGAAGAAGAGGUGGAGCAAGAAGAUGUAGAGGAAGACUAUGAGGAGAGGGUUGAGGAAGAGGAGGAGGCACUUGAGGAAGUGGACUAUGAAGAGGGAGAAGAGGAGGAAGGGGAGCGGGGUCGAAGGCCAGAGGACGAUCAGAUGAGCUGCGUUGGGGGGGGCGAAGCUGAUGGUGGAGGGAGCGGUGACAGUGCCAAAUCUGGCCUGACUGAGAAGGACGACAACAACAAUGAUGAAUACGAAAACUAUGAUGAACUCGUGGCCAAGUCCCUUCUAAACCUAGGCAAGAUUGCAGAAGAUGCUGCCAACCGAGCAAUGACUGAGUCUGAGAUGAACAGUAACUCCUCUAAUGGUGCUGAGGAUGAAGAUGAUGAUGAGGAAGAGGAGGAUGACGAAGAGGAGGAAGAAGAGGAAGAAGAUGAGGAUGAUGAAGAUGAGGACAAUGAAGACGGGGAAGGGGAUGUAAUGCAGAGGGGUGAUCUAAUUUUAGAUGUUGACAGUGAUGUAGUUCGGGAGACAGUGGACUCCCUCAAACUGCUGGCACAAGGCCACGGUGCAGUGUUGUCAGACAAUUUAGACGAACAGGAAUUUGAGGACGGUAUAACCAAGAAUAGGGACAAGGUCGACUGUACCCGCAAUGGAGGAAAUGGACACAGUGGUGGUAAUGGACAAUUUAAAGCUAUCAGUAAUGGACAAAUAGAAAACAGUGAUGAGGAAGUGUGUUUAAGCAGUCUGGAGUGCCUACGAAACCAGUGUUUUGACCUGGCUCGGAAACUAAGCGAAACGAAGUCUGCUGAAAGAAAUGGACCUUCUCAGCAAAAUAAUUUCGCAUUCGGGGAUCCCAAUCACCAGCCCCGGCAUCACAGCUAUGUGGAUUUUCACCAUAGCCAAGACGAGAGGCGACCUCUUGACAGGAACUAUUCCGACAUGGACAAUCUAAUGAAGCUAGAGGAGCAACUGAGCCCACGCACCAAAACUUUUUCCAGUUGUGAGCAGGAUGACAGAUAUCAAAACAGUCACCCUGACUUUGAUGAGGACACUGCCUCAGUGACGUCAGACCGAUCAGAAGAAGUGUUUGACAUGACAAAGGGCAACUUGUCGCUGUUGGAGAAGGCCAUUGCACUAGAGUCAGAACGUGCCAAGGCUAUGCGAGAUAAAAUGGCAGCUGAAGCUGCCAGGAGAGAUGGGGUGAGGUAUAACCAUGACGACCACGGUCCACGGCACGGCUAUGGCGUUGAGCGGAAAGCCCGACUUCCUGAUGGUAUGAAGAAGCCUUUCUACCAUAAAGAUGCUUCACGUGUAGACAAGAAGGAAAGCCGAUGUCCGACACCAGGCUGCGAUGGCACAGGGCACGUGACAGGCCUGUACCCACACCAUCGGAGCCUGUCUGGUUGUCCACACAAAGACAGGGUGCCACCAGAAAUUGUGGCUAUGUAUGAGAAUGUUCUUAAGUGUCCUACGCCUGGCUGCACGGGACGUGGUCAUGUCAAUAGCAACAGAAACUCUCACAGAAGUCUUUCGGGAUGUCCCAUUGCUGCAGCCGAGAAACUGGCCAAAGUCAAAGAGAAGCAUCAGAGCUCUGAUGGACCCAAUGCUAACCAGGCUUCUGACAGAGUCCUAAGGCCUAUGUGCUUUGUCAAACAACUGGACUAUCCACAGUAUGGUUACAAGAACAAUGUUUCCACCAGCACGCCCCGCUCCAACCUGGCUAAGGAGCUAGAGAAGUACUCGAAGACCAGCUUUGACUACAGCGCCUUUGACGGCAGCAGCAACCACCACCAAGUGUAUGGGAAACGGGCUAUCGCACCCAAAGUUCACGGUCAAAGGGACGCCUCACCCAAAGGAUAUGACGCCAAACGUUACUGCAAAAACUCCAGCUCAGCCAGCAGCACAUCUAGCACCUAUGCUCCCAGCAGCAGCAGCAGCAGCAGCAGCCUGAGCUGUGGGGCUGGAGGAGGGGGCAUGGGCGGAGGCGGUGGUGGCAGCAGUGCCAGCAGCACCUGCAGCAAGAGCAGCUUUGACUACAGUCAUGAUAUGGAGGCCGCCCAUAUGGCAGCUACGGCCAUCCUCAACCUAUCAACGCGCUGCAGGGAGAUGCCCCAUGGCAUAGGAGGGAAAACCCAGGACCUGUGCACACAGAGUCCUGGUCUAGAUGUCGAUGAGAAUGGUACGUUGGACCUGAGUAUGAGCAAGCGUAUGUGCGGCAAUGGCGGGGAUUCUGUGCUCACGCCUCUAGAGCCCAUGUCUCCCCAGAGGCAAGCCGCCCUGCUAGGCUCCCGCUGCUACAGCAUGGGGGACACUGCAGACAGCUGGGAUCUGCCAGUAGACUACACCAAGAUUAAGCACAUAGAUGAGGACGAGAAAGAGUCGGAAGACCUGGAUCCUUUCCACGACUUGCUAGAGGAUCGCUCCUACACCACAGAUGUUAAUAACAUGUCCAGCCCCAAGCCCAAGUUUGUCCAGUACAAGGAGAGUAAGAAGGACCUGAUAACAUGUCCCACACCGGGGUGUGAUGGAAGUGGUCACUUGACGAGCAAUUUCGCCUCACAUCGAAGUCUCUCAGGUUGCCCUCUAGCUGAUAAAAGCAUUCGAAGCAUGCUGGCCAACAACGCACAAGAGCUCAAGUGCCCGACACCAGGGUGCGAUGGUUCGGGACAUAUCACUGGCAACUACGCUUCACACAGAAGUCUCUCAGGGUGUCCGCGGGCCAGAAAAAGUGGGAUAAAGAUCAUCCACAGUAAAGAGAACAAGGAAGACCAGGAGCCUAUCAGGUGUCCAGUCCCAGGCUGUGAUGGUCAGGGACAUGUGACAGGAAAGUAUGCUUCUCACAGAAGUGCAUCCGGAUGCCCCAUUGCAGCUAAGAGACAAAAGGAUGGCUACCUAAAUGGAAUUCAGUUCACAUGGAAGUCUGGCAAGACGGAGGGCAUGUCCUGCCCGACACCAGGCUGUGACGGUUCGGGUCAUGUCAGCGGGAGCUUUCUGACACAUCGAAGUCUGUCAGGUUGUCCACGGGCCACCUCUGCCAUGAGGAAAGCCAGGCUCUCUGGAGUUGAAAUGCUAACAAUAAAACAGCAGCGUACCAGCAAUGGGCUAGAGCAAGAGGAGGAUAUCAAACAGCUGGAUGAGGAAAUCAAAGAUUUAAGUGAAUCUAAUUCACAAGUGGAAGCAGACAUGAUCAAACUUAGAACACAGAUUACAACAAUGGAGUCCAACCUGAAGUCCAUAGAGGAGGAAAACAAGGUGAUUGAACAGCAAAAUGAAUCUCUCCUGCAUGAGCUGGCCAACCUCAGCCAGUCACUGAUUAACAGUUUAGCUAAUGUCCAGCUCCCUCAUAUGAAACCAUUGACACACAAAGAACAGCCAUUACGGAAUAACAGCUGCUUACAGUUGCACCAGCAAGAGCCAAUAAGCGAGCAGAACUUUGAUGCCUAUGUGACCACGCUAACGGAUAUGUACGCAAACCAAGACCAGUACCAGAGUCCAGAAAACAAAGCUCUAUUGGAAAAUAUCAAGCAAGCUGUUCAAGGAAUCCAAGUGUAACUAUCCAGCUGAGGGAAGUUUUGGUUCCCUUAGUUGGUGUGAUGGUGUAUCCACAUACCAAUGAUGAUUUAAUCUCUUCAGUUCAGUGAAGUAACUGUUUUAGUUAUACAGUCGAGAAAAGGUUAUGGUAACGUUGGUCUAAUCAUCACCAAAGAAACAAAUGUCAACAAACACAUUAUUUUUAUGCUGAUAAAAUACAAACAGUCAUGAUCUGUCUUUUUUGAAUACACCUAAUAGAAAUAAAGAGUAAUGCUGGAAAAAGAAACAUGGUUCAUCUUAGAUUAGGUGUUAGCAAAUCUUGGGUUUAAUAAAUGAAAUGAGAAUCGAGGUGUGGUUUAGAAAUAUCCAGACUUAUAAAGCCACUCAAAUUGGGUUGCUAUUCAAAAACAGUCAAUUUAUUUACAGAUAGUAAACAACAAUGCACCCAGCCAAGACCACUUGAAUGGCACAAUUCAGAAUAUUUAAUGAGGUAACAAAGAUCCUUAGAGUAACACGAAAGACUUGAAGAAUUCACUGCAGCUGGUUAACGUCUUUGUUCAUGAAUCAGUCUUAGAUGGCAAAGUAUUCACAUCAGGACUUAUGAAGGAAUUCUUUCUUUCUAGUAGAUCAAAAAUGUGUUCUAAAAAGCUGGUGGGAUAAUUCCAGGUAUCCUAUCAAAGUGAUUAAUGGAGCUAAGAGGAAGCCGUGACACAUGCGUAGCAGAAUGAUCUGAGCAGAUCCUGAUCUGAUACUAAAAAUCAAAGUAAACCUACAAGAGAAUCAAUCGACUCAUGUUUUCUGCCACUUUGACCUUGUAAGGGUCAUGAGCAUGCUGGAGUCUAUCACAGCUGUCAACUGGCUGCAAUGCAGGAUAUAGGUCAUCCUUCAGAAGCUGGCCAGACCUCAAAACAAUAUGGGCUGAAGCAUAAUCUUUCACUAUCACUUGUUUAUUUAUGGGUGGGAAAAAUAAAGAUGUUGGAGCUAAUAACAAGAUAAAAAAUGUCAUUUGUUGACAUUUGUGACAUGGUGAAGAUUGUAUCACAUUUUGUAACCACAUGCAGAGACCAGGAAGCUGCAGUACUUUAGUUUACCUGCUCUUUCUUAGAACUGUAUAUUAUAAAUUUAGUUAUAUUAAAAAGAGGUAUUAUGCUUAGAAAAACCUCAAGAUAAUUACUUUAUUUUUUCCUUUUCUGCUUUUUGGGGUUUGCUUUGAGGAUGAACUUAAAAAAAACUCAAAAUAAUUUUGAGGACAUUCACAUUUUAUACGUUUUCAUAUGAGUUGACAUAGUGUCAUGUAAUUUUACUAGCUGCUCAUUUAUGCACAUUUUUAGUGUAUAUUUCUGAAAAUUAAGUAAAUGAUAAUGGAAGUACAUUUUAUUGCUUGACUACAAAGCAUUUUAGAUGAAAAACCUGGACACUGACAUUAUGAAAAAACUGCAAGCAAGAAGGAAGCUACUCAUUUUUCCUCAUCACGGGGUUAUUUUGGACUUAAGGAUUUUAGGUAGUUUCCUUUUUACUUUGUUUUCUUGCGUGCAGAUUGAUCAAAAGCAAGAACUGGUGCAUUCUGACAAUGCUUGAGGAACAUUUGCAUUUUGUUUGGUAAAAAAACAAAAUAUGUGUAGCUAUAGGUGGGGGCAUCUAUAACUGGUGCUGUAAUGAAUCCAGAGAGGAGAACUGACCUGAUGUUUGUAUGAAUGUAUGUAUGAACAGUUAUAUGGUAAACAUCAUUACACGGAAAUCUGAUGGUGUAAAUCCCAUUAUCUAGGAGGGCCAAUUAAUUCCUAGAGGUACAUGUCUGCGCGGUGUAUACAUUCACAUGCUCAUACUUAAGUAUUCUCCAAUAGCAAUUAUGUGUAAAGACAAUAAUCUAUAGAGAUAACAUUCUAGCCUUUCUAGUAUCAAAUCUGCUCAAUUCUCUCUGAGACUUGUGUUGCUACGAUCAUGUAUAAUGGCUCAGCAAUAUAAAAAUUGAAUCAUUUGUUUAUCAUAGGUACGGGAUACAAUCUGCAACAGAAAAAAGGGUUAGGUAUAUGCAAUUUCUUGUUUAUAAGCAUAGCGGGGUAACAUGAAUCUUUUUAAUAUAGCCUAUGUAUAAUAUUGAUUUUUAUACAAAUCUUUUAAUACAAAAAGACUUUUUAAAAAAGAGGAUGGAACCAGAACAUUGCGUUUCAGAAGUGAAAUUAUAUGAGUUCACCUUUUUUUCUGUACAAUUUUGCACAGGGACACCUUCGUUUCCAUGUUUUGAUGGUCUUACAGAAACUAAAAGCAGUACCCGAGAGACUAAAAGGAGGGUUUCAGAGGGUUUUGUAAAGAGUAUUUAUGUAUGACAGCGGGACUUACAGGGUCACUGUCCCCACUUAUGUGCCAGUAGACUAUUUGCACUUGUCUUUGAGAUAUUAUCCUUACAUAUGGCGCCGUGCAAUUUAACACGUGACCACUUUGGCACACGAUUGGAGGAACCAACUUCUUGGAGCCACUGUAGGAGUGAGUUUAGUACCAACAGGAGAUGAAAAACAGGGACUUUAAAUAAGAGGAUGAUUAUAACCACAGCGGUUGUACUGUCCGCUGUCAAGUGUAAAAACAGUAACAACCUUCAUAUUUUUUAGCUAUGUUUUAGGAAGAUAAAGUUAUCCCCCAGCAGCACUUUAUAUCUAAUCACUGUACAAAGGAUUCAAUUCAAAUCAAUUCAAUUAAUUUUUUAAAAAGCAGAAGCGAUGAAGGCCUGGUGAAACAAGACCUUCAAGAGGUGAUACAAUCCAGCAUCACACCUGUAUGCCUGACUGUAUGCACCCCUACAUUCUGUUUGUUCUAGCUCUUAGAGAUCAUGUUCAGACUUAGCCUUUUUGAGAGCUAAUGCAAAAGGUGCUUAUCGUUCACCUGAUUAAAUCUCAUAAUCUAUUGUAGUUUACUGCCCUCUUUCAGGAUUCUACUACCAUUACCCAUGACUGCAUAUUCUUCUUUUCACAGCAUUGUGUCUGCAGCUUUUUGCCAAUAUAGUAAUGCUUCAGUAGAGUAAUAGCAAGCACCAGUUUUUGAAUUUGUUCUCAUUUUCAGUCAAAAUGGAAAAAGGGGAUUUUAAAGCACAAACCAGCUGCUCAUCCAAUGUUGGUACAUAAAUAACAAAUCUGAAAAGACUUAUCUGUGACUAUCUGUAGGGGACUGUAAGGUUGUCACAUAUUUAGAAUGCUAACUUUUCAUAUAAAUUAUUGUGAAUUCAUCAGAGUUUAUUAUUUUAUUUGAGCCAGUUUAUUUUAAGAUUGAUUUCAGUGACCAUUAACAAAGACGGGAUUUUGUAUAAACUAUUGUGCUCUCUGUGGAACUGAAGUUUGAUUUAUUUUUGUACUACACAGCAUGGAUUUGUUGACAUUUUAAUUUUGCUAUAAAUGUGUGGGAUCACAAGUUGCUGUGAUAUUUCAUUUAUAAAUUGUGAACUUUGUACAAUUUUUGUCAUGCUGGAUGUUGACACAUCUUACUCUGAAUAAAGAAAAUAAUGUGUUGCCAGA